CACAGCUCCCUCACUCUUUCUUCACAGCAAGACGCCCCAUCUCUCCUGUGAGCUAGCCAUCCUGCAGCACCGUAUUCUCACAGUGCCCUUCGCAUAAUUUCUAUUGGCCAAUGCCCCAGAGACUUCUCCAGACAGCCCUGCGUGGCAAAACAGUCCCCUACGCUAGAUGCACUCGUACCUCUCAUCACUCGCCAUCCCUGCCGCCGCUUGCACCACAGCGAGUUUAAAAGAGACAGACUAAAUGAAUUAAGUAGACCAAAUGUGUAAGUGAUGAAGGAGAGAAGACGACGUGGUAACCUACAAGUGAUAUAAAAGCGAAACAGGUUAAAAUAAGGAGGAGGAGGAGGCUGACUUGUGGCUUGCCUCUGCUUCUCCCCCGAGCCUCGCUGUCCCUGCUGCUGAAAGACACGGAGACAACACAACUCUUCCUACUGCAGCGACCACACCUCCACCCACACCCCCGCCACGCACCCUUGCCCUGUCCAGCCUUGAGGGUCGCCAGGGUGCACUGUGGACCUUCCCGCCGCCCGCCCUGCACCACACAGGCUCACGGCCCUGAAGGUAGAAGAUGUGCUCAUCAAAGGCAAAUCUUGAGUGACAAAAUUGCAUUGCAAGGCUGUGGCAGAUGAAAGCAGGUCCACUUGGUGUCCCUCAUUCAAGCAACUAAGACAUCACUGCUGCCAAUCUCACCAUGGGCAAGAAAAGAGACCGAGAGUACAAGGAGUCUGGUGAUCGUGGCGACCCACAUGCCAGUGAUGCAGCAAUGGAGACCGUCAAGAAGCCUAAGAAACACAAACACAAAAAGUCUUCCAAGAAAGAAGAAGUUGAGAGGAUCAUCAAUGUGGAGGAUGUGGAAGACAUGGACAUUUCUGUUGAUGAUGUGGAAGAUUCUCCCUCACAGACUUUGAAACUGAAGAUCAAGAUUUCAGACUCUUCUCCUGACAAAAUGAAUACACCCAAAGGAGUGAAGGUGAAGCCUGAUAAAAACAAAAGUUCUAGCAACAGUAAGAAGAGCAGCAAGAAGAAGGACGGCAAGGGGGAGGAUGACACAGACAGUGAAGAGGAGCGGUGGCUGGAUGCCAUUGAGUCUGGCAAGCUGGAGGAGGUUGAUGAUGAGCUGAAGAGAAUGAAGAACCCUAGACUGAUGACAGCGCGGCAGAGAGCCAUGAUGGAGAAGGAGAAGAAGAGCGACGGUACAGACGACACCUUCCCAGUCAUACCAGCAGAGCCACUCCUCUCCCUUCCCUCAGGUUUUAAGGAGAAGGUUGUCACAAAGGAAAUGCUGGCCAAGAAAGCAAUUAAGACCCAGAAGAGGAGGGAGCAGGCUCAAGAGAAGAGAGAGGAAGAUAAGAAAAAAACAGUUGACCGCCUCCUCAAGAAGCAAGACUCCAAGGUGGCAAAGAUCAGCCGGUUGAGGUCGUCCAAGAAAGUGAUUCCCAUGUUUUCCUACGUCAACACCCGGGACGGGGUGAGCCUCUCGGUACCCACCUCCUACAGCUUCCCCAUGGAGGUGCAGACUGAGAAGCAAGCUCCCAUGGCAAGGCUGUGUGGGGCGCCAGGCUGCCACAACCCUCGGAAGUAUAGCUGCUCCAAGACUGGUGUGUCCCUCUGCAGCUUGCAAUGCUUCAAGACCAACCUGGCUUCCCAUAAGGUGCUGGUGGAGGCAGUUUAGCAGUACAGGUUCUCAUUUUUGCCAUUGUUUCUCACUAUCAUCAUCAUCUCUGUAGCAUCAUCGUCAUUGUCACCAUCACCACCACAACCAUCAUUACAUUAUCAAACUGUAUCAUGGUCACUGUACUCUUGUUCCUGCAGUGGCUACACACCAAAGGAGGCUCACAUGUGGUGCCAGCCUGACUGUUGGGAAAUGGUGAGAAGUGUCGAGUUAGUGUAGGAUUUAGGUAAGAAAGAAAACAACAAGGGGGUCAUUUGCUCUGUCCAUCCAUGGUAGUUGUGCUAUGAGUCAGUGGUGAUUUAUUGGCCUAAUUAAUCUAAACAUCAUUUUUUAAAGUAAAUACUGAAUGAAUAUUUGUUAGAUAAUUUUGUGAUCUUUUGAACUGCAUCACUUUAUUUAACUUUGAAACAAUGUAUGUAAUGUUAAACCCACAUUCUUUUUUAACAUUGAACCCACAUUAUUAAACAUUAAACCUACAUAUUUAACACAUGUAUUCUUUAUUUAACAUUGAACCCACAUUAUUUAAGACUAAACCUAUACAUUUAACAUUGAACCCUCUUUAUUUGACAUUGCAUCCCAUAUUAUUUAACACUGAUUCUAUAUUAUUUAACACUUCUCUAAUAUUCAACACUGAUCUCACACUAUUUCACACUGAGCUCCAUCUUAGACAGAGUUAUCGUUAGGAGAGGCACCAUUAGCUUACCUCACUCUCUUCUGUCUUGGAUAGUAGAUAAUUUUUGCCUUUUGCCUUUUUUGUAUUGGUGGUCACUGGGAUCUGUGUGAAGAAUGAAUUUUGUUGUGUUGUUUAUCCUGUUUGUUUUUUAUGCAGCAUCUGGAAAUUUGAGGUGUUUGAUGAAAGGUGAGGGAUGCAGGAGAGUUAGAAGAGAGCCAGAGUAAAGAUGGCUGUGCUGUCACUGUGUGGGGAAUCCAAUAAAUUAACUCCUCUCCUUAGGUUUACUUCACAAACAUGUCCUUCCUUGUAAUUAUUUAGAUCUUGUGUAUCCAUUUUGGAAAUACAAUAUAAUGUAUACUGAA